UUUCAGAAUUUCUUCCGUGAGCAUGCGUAAUUGCCGUGCUCUCUGAGAAGCGAGGGAGAAUGUUGAAUUCAUAAAAAAAUGCCAGUCUCCGUUUAGUCUUGGACAUGGACAGCUCUAAAGAAUCCGCCCACACAGACUUGAAAUGGGCGAUCGGAAUAAAUCAGACAUGUCUGAAACUCAUGGGUCUCUGGCCAGACAGCGAGUUAAGUCGUCGACAAAAAUUUGUAACGGAUGUACGCGCUAUCAUUUUUUUUACCAUAAUGAUGUGCGUGGCGGUUAUACCUGGACUGAUGGCGUUUGUGAGAGUCUGGGGCAAUAUGAUGGCGAUGGUAGACAAUAUGCAAAUCAGUCUGCCUUUCUCAGCGACUACUUUGAAAUUUAUCAUCAUGUGGCUUCACAAAAAAGAGCUCGAACCGCUCACAAAAAUGAUCAUAGAAGAUUGGCUCAGGCCAAAACCGAAGAAGGAACGAAAUAUUAUGAUAAAACAUGCGAGAAUUGCCAGAAUAAUAAUCAUGUUUGGAUGUAUCAUGAUGACGCUUGCGUGCUUUAUUCUCAUCAUUCCUCCCUUAUUUGGAGCUUCGUUGAGAUAUCUGACAAAUUUGACAGAUCCAGGAAGACCGUUUCUGGUGCAAACGUAUUAUUUGAAUGACUUUUUUUCAACGGACUCUCCAUACUACGAAAUCGUGUUCGCCGCUCAAGCUACAUCGAUCAUAAUGGCUGCGAUUUCUUAUACGGGCAUCGAUACUUUUCUGAGCUUGCUUGUAUUUCACAUAUGUGCGCAAUUGGAAAUUCUGAAAGGGCGAUUUCUCAAUUUGAACAGCUUCAAAGAUUUCAACACCGGAUUAGCUAUCAAUAUCGAGAAUCAUCUACGUCUCAUUAGGUCUGUUGAUGUCAUCGAAAACACAUUCAACUCGAUGCUUUUGACAUUGUUGGUGUUUUUCGGAAUGUUAUUUUGCGUACAAGGAUUUCUGAUAGUUUCCAUUAUUGACGGAACCACUACUAAUGUUUCCUUUUGGCGAAUAUGUUGGCUCGUUUCAAUUCUAAUUAAUACUGGUAAUCACAUGUGCUUAUAUUGUGUGGUCGGAGAGAUUCUUAUAGCCAAAGCCGAAGCAGUAUAUAGUGCGGUUUACAACUACACGUGGUAUUUGAGACCACCAAAAGAAGCUAGAGAUCUGAUGAUGAUAAUGAUUCGUGCCGAAAAGCCUCUGUACAUUACCGCGGGCCGGAUGUUUCCCAUGACAAUGUCCAUGUUUUGCAGUUUGAUAAAGACAUCAGCCGGUUACAUAUCUGUAAUGCUUGCUAAUCGAUAAUUCUUUGAUAUUAAUUAAUUCUUCGACAAUGAAAACGGAUGAAUAGAAGGAAGAAACUGUAUUUAAAUGAACAAUGCACAAUUAUAUCUCUAUUUAUUUUAUGUUUAUCUAUAAUUUCAAACGCGAUUAAAAGGCAAAAGAUUUACGUAUAUAGCAAUUAAUAAUAAAAAAGUUAUAAAAAAUUAAAUUAUUAUUAUUAUUAUUAUUAAAUAUAAUGAUAUAAUCAUGAUAAAUUAUAAAAAUGUUAUGAUUAUACAGAAAACACUUUGGAUACUACGCACAACAAAAAAAUUCUUUGUUCCCGCUAGUUAUAUAAAUUGUAAAAUGUAUUAAAUGUUAAUAUUAUAAAUUAAGUUCAAAAAAAUGAUAGUUUCAUAAGUUUUAUAAAUAAUGAAUAUGACAUAUUUAUACAUUAUUUAUAAUAAACAUUUGACAUAUCAUUGUAAUGCA